UGGCUGAUGAGCACCUUGGGUAAAUGGGCAGAACUCUCCGAGCUGCAAGAAGAGUGUGGGGGUGAUAAGGCACUAAGUAACUGCUCUGAGAAAGCUCUCCUUUGGUGAUAUUUAAGGCUGGAAUGAUAAUGGAGAGAAAACUGGACAAUAAAAUGAAAAGCGAAGUGUCCUGCUUAGCUACUUUGAACAACAAAAACAUAACCCUGGUGUCUAUUCGUAAGCAGCAGGCAGCUCAUGAUGUGCCUGAACUACUGAUUAUUGGUGAAAAGUCCAAGGCAGAAUCUCCGGUAAAAGCAUCCAGUAACUCGCAGAAAGAAGAGAAACUUUUGCAGAGUUACUCCAUGGGAAUGCCAGAAGUCAAUGCAGUUGAAAGACAGGCUUUGUCCAACACAGAUUCUCCUCCUGGCUGUGAGCUGGAGCCUACAAUGAAACAAAGUUUUGCAUUUGACAACAUGGGCUAUGAGGAGAGCUUUGAAACUCUGCUCUCUCCAUCUUCCCAGGAACACACCAUGGCAGUCAGGAUUGUGGGAAUGACUUGCCAGUCAUGUGUGCAGUCAAUAGAAGGCCGAAUUUCCAAGGUGGAAGGCAUUGUGAGCAUUAAAGUCUCCCUUGAAAAGAACAAUGCUGUAAUUAAGUAUCUGCAGUCAGAAAUAAGCCCUGAACAGAUUUGCCAGGAAAUUCAGGAUAUGGGCUUUGAUGCCAACAUAGCAGAAGAGAGGUUGACUACAGAGACUCUAAAUGCAUCAUGUGUGAGAGAAGCAAUAGUUAAACUUCGAGUAGAAGGCAUGACUUGCCAGUCCUGUGCCACCAGCAUUGAAGGAAAGAUAAGAAAACUUCAUGGUGUGGCAAAAAUCAAGGUGUCACUUGGUAACCAGGAAGCAAUUAUUGCUUACUACCCUUACAUCAUUCAGCCUGAUGACCUCAAGAGCCAUAUUGGUAACCUGGGGUACAACUGCACCAUUAAAAGUAAAUCAGCCCCUUUGAAGUUGGGUGUCCUCGACCUCGAGCGCUUGCAGAAUGCAAACCCCAAGGAGACAGCAGCAAGUCUGAAGAGUGAUGGGAUGGAUCCACUCCUUGCCAAGAUGAGUGGCAUGGCUACGGUGUCUGUACAGAUAGAAGGCAUGCACUGCAAGUCCUGUGUCAGAAACAUUGAAGGAAAUAUAUCCAAUCUUCCUGGCGUACAGAGUAUUAAAGUGUCUUUGGAGUAUAAAUGUGCUGUGGUACAGUAUUACCCAAAUUUAAUUACCCUGCCAGCUUUACAGCAAGCUAUUGAAUCUCUGCCACCUGGAAACUUUAAAGUAUUCCUCCAUAAUGGUUCAGAAGCAAAUAAAGGAGCAUCUCCAUCCCCUGCUUUGCUAUGUGAUCUCUUCAGAGAGCCACUGCAAGACACAGCAAGCAGAGCUGUUAUGAAGAUUGAUGGUAUGACCUGCAAUUCUUGUGUACAGUCCAUAGAAGGGACCAUAUCACAGAGACAAGGAGUACAACACAUAGCAGUUUCUCUAGCUGACAGAACUGGGACCAUACAUUAUGAUCCAGCUGUUACUAAUGGAGAAGAAUUAAGAGCUGCCAUAGAAGACAUGGGGUUUGAUGCUUCUGUGCUGACAGAUACAGCCACAGGAGAACUCAGACACCAGCCUGAUGCCAGCAGUGCUGCCGGGCAGCUUCGACCUCCAGAGCCUCCUCGCCCAGGCUGUGUUUCAGCUGGUCCUCCAGACAGUUCUCCCCUCGAUGAGCCACACCAGCCCAGUGGAGCUACAGCUGAAAAGUGUUUUUUACAAAUCACAGGCAUGACCUGUGCAUCGUGUGUGUCUACCAUUGAAAGAAAUUUGCAGAAGGAAGACGGAAUUGUUUCAGUGUUGGUAGCACUGAUGGCAGGUAAAGCAGAGAUAAAAUACAAGCCAGAAUUCAUACAGCCUCUUGAAAUAGCACAGCUGAUCCAGAACUUGGGUUUUGAAGCUACUGUCAUAGAAGAUCAUGCAGAAACAGAAGGAAAUGUGGAGCUUCUUAUUACAGGGAUGACUUGUGCUUCUUGUGUUCACAACAUUGAAUCCAAACUCAUGAGAACAAAUGGCAUAUUCUACGCUUCAGUUGCACUUGCUACUUGCAAAGCUCACAUCCAGUUUGAUCCUGAAAUUACUGGACCUCGAGAUAUUAUAAAGAUAAUUGAGGAAAUUGGUUUUCAUGCUUCUGUGGCAAGAAGAGUUCCAAAUGCACAUAACUUGGAUCAUAAAAAGGAAAUACAGCAGUGGAGGAAAUCUUUCCUGUGCAGCCUACUGUUUGGUAUCCCUGUCUUAAUCCUGAUGAUUUAUAUGCUAAUACCCAGUGGGGAACACCAUGGCUCUAUGGUGCUGGAACAGAAUCUCAUUCCUGGAUUAUCUAUUUUAAAUCUUCUCUUCUUUGUCCUGUGCACUUUUGUUCAGUUUCUUGGUGGAUGGUAUUUUUAUGUCCAAGCUUACAAAUCCCUGAAGCACAAGACAGCCAAUAUGGAUGUGCUCAUUGUAAUGGCCACAACGAUUGCUUAUGUGUAUUCGUGUGUCAUCCUGAUGGUAGCCAUAAUUGAAAAGGCAGAGGAAAGCCCUGUCACUUUCUUUGACACUCCUCCAAUGCUGUUUGUGUUCAUUGCCCUUGGGAGAUGGUUGGAACACGUUGCAAAGAGUAAGACCUCAGAGGCUCUUGCUAAACUUAUAUCUCUUCAAGCCACAGAAGCCACUGUGGUGACUCUUGGACCUGACCACUCUAUCAUCAGGGAGGAGCAGGUGCCUGUUGAACUGGUUCAGAGGGGUGAUAUUGUAAAGGUUGUUCCUGGUGGAAAAUUCCCAGUGGAUGGAAAAGUCAUCGAAGGGAAUUCUAUGGCAGAUGAGUCUCUCAUUACUGGGGAAGCUAUGCCAGUCACUAAAAAGCCUGGGAGCACAGUAAUUGCUGGUUCUAUAAAUGCACAUGGCUCAGUUCUUGUUAAUGCAACUCAUGUUGGUAAUGAUACCACUCUGGCACAAAUCGUGAAAUUGGUGGAAGAAGCUCAAAUGUCAAAGGCACCCAUCCAGCAACUGGCAGAUAAGUUUAGUGGAUAUUUUGUUCCAUUUAUCAUCAUCAUUUCAACAGUGACAUUGAUAGCAUGGAUCACGAUUGGUUUUAUGAAUUUUGAUAUUAUCAAAAAAUAUUUUCCUAAGCAGAACAAGCACGUUUCAAAAGCUGAGCUAAUCCUGAGGUUUGCAUUUCAAACCUCAAUCACUGUGCUGAGCAUUGCAUGUCCCUGUUCCUUAGGCUUGGCCACCCCCACAGCUGUGAUGGUGGGCACAGGAGUUGCUGCUCAGAAUGGGAUUCUAAUCAAAGGUGGAAAACCCCUGGAAAUGGCACACAAGAUCAAGACUGUGAUGUUUGAUAAGACUGGGACGAUCACCUGUGGGGUUCCUAAAGUCAUGAGGGUGCUUUUGCUGGGAGAUACAGCCGUGCUCUCUCUGAAGAAGGUGCUGGCAGUGGUUGGCACUGCAGAAGCCAGCAGCGAGCAUCCUUUAGGAGUAGCAGUCACUAAGUACUGCAAAGAGGAGCUUGGCACUCAGAGCCUGGGAUACUGCACUGACUUCCAGGCAGUCCCAGGCUGUGGCAUCAGCUGCAAAGUCGGGGGUGUUGAGGCUUUCCUGAGCACAGCUGAGGAGCCCCUGGAUAAGAUGGAUACUGGCAGGAGUGGGGGGAGCACUGCUCCUCUGGGAGAGAACGCCCUGAUCACGCUCUCCGAAUCACAGGCUCCAUCAUCUCCUACGUACUCGGUGCUGAUUGGAAACCGGGAGUGGAUGCGACGCAACGGUUUGCAGAUUGCAAAUGACAUCAACGAUGCAAUGACAGACCAUGAGAUGAAAGGACAGACUGCCAUACUGGUGGCUAUAGAUGGUGUGUUGCGUGGAAUGAUUGCAGUGGCAGACACUGUCAAGCAGGAGGCAGCCCUUGCUGUGCACACGCUGAAAAACAUGGGAAUUGAUGUGGUGCUGAUAACUGGGGAUAACAGAAAAACUGCAAAAGCCAUUGCUACUCAGGUUGGGAUCAAAAAAGUCUUUGCUGAGGUCCUUCCUUCUCACAAGGUUGCGAAGGUCCAGGAGCUCCAAAAUGGGAGAAGUAAAGUUGCAAUGGUUGGUGAUGGAGUCAAUGAUUCCCCUGCACUGGCCAGGGCUGAUGUUGGAAUUGCAAUUGGAACGGGCACUGAUGUUGCCAUUGAAGCAGCAGAUGUGGUUCUAAUCCGAAAUGACUUGCUGGAUGUAGUUGCCAGUAUUCACUUAUCAAAGAGAACAGUUCGAAGAAUACGAAUAAAUCUGAUUCUUGCCCUAAUUUAUAAUCUGCUUGGAAUACCCAUAGCAGCAGGUGUGUUCAUGCCUGUUGGCCUUGUGCUUCAGCCUUGGAUGGGAUCAGCUGCAAUGGCAGCUUCUUCUGUGUCUGUGGUGCUUUCUUCCCUGCAGCUGAAAUGUUAUAAGAAGCCAGAUGCAGAAAGUUAUGAAGCACAAGCUCAAGGCCACAUGAAGCCACUUUCUCCUUCCCAAAUCAGUGUUCAUAUUGGAAUGGAUGACAGGAGGAGGGACUCAUCCAGACCAGCUUCUUGGGAUCAGAUUAGCCAGGUGUCUCUCUCUUCCUUGACUUCAGACAAGCUGCCAAGAUGUAAUGGUUUUGUUGAGGAGGAAGGGGACAAAUGGUCACUGCUCAUGAAUGGAGGAGAUGAAGAACAGUACAUCUGAAGCACUGUAUUCUUAGUACAGCAGGAAACAUUCCUCCCCAGAGGCGGAGGGGGGGAAUGAGUUAAGACACCAAGAGAUUCAGGAUUGCUAGUGAAGUCAUUCCUUCACUUACACAACAACUGCAACUCAGUUUGUUGUUGGGUUGUAGGGACUGCGGAUUUUUUCAACUCACCAGUUAUUUCUAGUCAUGGAAAGAAUCUGUGGUUCUAUAAUAAAAUGGCUUCUUCAUACACAAUAAUUAAUGAAAUAAUGUUAAACUGUAAUUUUCGUUGUCUAAAAGAGUUUCUCUCCUCUGGAUUGUUUGCUGGGUACCCAGUUUCAUACUUUUGACUCUUUUUUACUUUAUUCUUUCAAAAACACAUGAAGCAAAGGUAUUUAUAGAGCUGUCAAAUAUUCAUUUCUGUGCCUAAGUGAAAAUACCCAUGGCAUAAGCAUCUCAGUGGUCACAAAUUAUAUUUUUACAUAAAUGCUAAAUAGCCACAUCACUGUGAGAGCACUUUGUAUUUACGAUUCAUGUGCAUCUCCUGGACCAAAAAUGCUUCAGUGUUUCACUGACUAUAACUUUCUGAAAGGUCUCUUUCAAAGAUUUUCACUUGAUUUCAGGUAUGUCUUUUGAUGCACAUUUCCAUGACUAAACUUGUCUGUUAUUUUCAUUUUCUCCUAUAUUUUCUCUCUUGUUCCAUAUGAGCUUUCCCCCCCUUUUCUUUGCACAGGGUAUCUUCUCUGAUAUUACUCUGAGAUAUUACUAUGUUUACAGAUAUUCCUGUCUGGGGCAAACUCCUUUAAAUUACCAGGGACUUUUCUGUUCUUAUUGAAGUUCAAAGACAGCAGUUCCUGGUCCAUAUCAUUUUUAAUAUGGAUGCCUUGCAGGACUCCACGAAGCUCCUGACAAUUCUGUAGUCAUCUGUCUUUUCCUCUGACAGAGUGAAGAAUUUCUCUCAGUGUGAGUGAGUGAGGUAUUUCCCUGGUGUGAGUGAGAGCAGGACUAGCACUGGUGUGACUCCAGUGUGGCUGAAUGGAGUGAGUUUAUUGCUUAAGUUAACCCCAGCUUGCUGGUUGCUUAAAAUGGAGCCAAAAGUUUAAAUGGUAAAGGUGGGAAAGUGGCCUUAAAAUGUGUGGUUUCUGUUUGCUAUCCUAUAAGGAACCUUUUCUGAUGAGAGAAGGACUGGAACUAAUAUUUGUAAUAGCUUGAAUGUUAAGGUGAAUUUCUAUUCAUGUUUUGAAUUGGUUUUGAUUUCCCUCUUUGUUUCAUGAGGAAUCAAGGUGCUGAACAACCCUUUUUUCACUUUAAUGUCUACCAAAGCCUGCCAGUAACUCUGUCACUAUGAAUGUCAAAUUUAUCCCUUAACCCUUUUUAGCCAGAACAGUAGGAAUCAAAAACUUUGGUGCUCUGAAUCUGCUUCCUUGUGCUCCCAUUGCUCAGCCAGGGACCUCCAAAUCAAGCAGACUGAAGUUUUAUGAUCUAAUCUAAAAAGUGAGAAGUGAAAGAGCAAGAAUUACCAUGCUGAACAACAUGAAAUAACUACUUAUUUUCACUGACUUAAAUACAGGACUGUUUCCAACAUGGGUUCAAAUUCUGCCCCUCCUCAUGCAAAAAUGAAAACUGAGUCAGAGAGCCAAAGAACUGUGCUAAAGCAUUGAGCAAGUCUUCCUAUUCUCUCUUCCUCUGAAUAUUAUAUUUGACCUUUCCUUAGCAAACAUCAGCAGCACUAACUUAAGUAUAAUUGUGAAUCAGUUUUAAAACUGUGAAACCUCUUUGCUUGUGGAGAGAUUACUCUCACAGCACACUCACUUCUCAGACAUGGGGAAGAUUGUCUACUGUCUGACUGUUUUAUGUUUUCUUACCAGUGCAUACAGUAAAAAUAUUGUGUUUUUAAAAACAAA